AUGCACUCCGCUUCCAGUAUGCUGGGAGCGGUGAAAAUGGAAGGCCAUGAGCACACGGACUGGAGCAACUACUACGGGGAGCCCGAGAGCUAUUCCUCGGUGAGCAACAUGAACGCGGGGCUGGGCAUGAACAGCAUGAACACCUACAUGACCAUGUCGGCCAUGAGCACCACGGCCAACAUGACGGCCGCCACCUCCAUGAACAUGUCCUACGCCAACACGGGCAUGAGCCCCUCGCUCACCGGCAUGUCCCCGGGCACGGGGGCCAUGCCCGGCAUGGGCUCAGCCGGGGUGGCGGGGAUGGGCGCCCACCUGAGCCCCAGCAUGAGCCCCAUGGGAGGCCAAGCGGGCUCCAUGAACGCCCUGGCCCCCUACACCAACAUGAACUCCAUGAGUCCCAUCUACGGGCAAUCCAACCUCAACCGCUCGCGGGACCCCAAGACCUACCGGCGGAGCUACACCCACGCCAAGCCCCCCUACUCCUACAUCUCCCUCAUCACCAUGGCCAUCCAGCAGUCACCCAACAAGAUGCUGACGCUGAGCGAGAUCUACCAGUGGAUCAUGGACCUCUUCCCCUUCUACCGCCAGAACCAGCAGCGCUGGCAGAACAGCAUCCGCCACUCGCUCUCCUUCAACGACUGCUUCCUCAAGGUGCCCCGCUCCCCGGACAAGCCAGGCAAAGGCUCCUUCUGGACCCUGCACCCCGAUUCUGGAAACAUGUUUGAGAACGGCUGCUACCUGCGCCGCCAGAAGCGCUUCAAGUGCGAGAAGCAGUUGGCCACCAAGGACGGCGGCGGGGCGGGCGGCGGGGGCAAGAAGGGUCCGGGGCAGCCCCCCAGCCAACCCCUGGGGGAAGGCAGCUCCUCGGGGGGCUCGGAGGGCUCGGCCGGUGCUGAAUCCCCAGCCAGCGCCUCACCCUGCCAGGACCACAAGCGUGCCCUGGCCGACCUGAAGGGCACCCCGGGGUUGAGCCCCGGAGAGCCGGCGGCCUCGCCGGGCCAGCACCUCCUGGCCCCCCACGCCGGCCUCCCCCACGACGCCCACCUCAAGCCCGAGCACCACUACGCCUUCAACCACCCCUUCUCCAUCAACAACCUGAUGUCCUCCACCGAGCAGCAGCACCACCACCCUCACCACCACCACCCUCACCACCACCACAAAAUGGACCUGAAGGCCUACGAGCAGGUGAUGCACUACUCGGGCUACGCCUCGCCCAUGCCCGGCAGCCUGGCCAUGGGGCCCGUAACGAACAAAAACGGCUUAGAGUCCUCCCCUUUAGCCGGAGAGACUUCUUACUACCAAGGUGUGUAUUCCCGGCCCAUCAUGAACUCCUCCUAAAAGGGCCGAGAGGGGGAAAACCUCCCUGGGGAGAGGGGAGAGCCCCUCACCGUGCCCCCCGCCUGCAGCCCCCCGGCAGAGUGAUGGACUAUGAACGCUGUCGAGCACGGUACAUAUACAUAUAUAUAUAUAUAUAUAUAUUUUUUUUUUUUUUUUCCGUUGGCUCCAGAUGUUUGCAUCCGUUCGGGAAACAGCAGCCGUGUGUCUCGCAAGCGUCUCUGCCCUCCCCAAGGGCUGGCAUGUUGCUGUGUUCCCCCCUGUUCGGCCCAAAGCCACUCGGGGGGGGGGAGGGGGCCUGCGAAAAUU